AUGUUUGUGGGCGCCCCGCGCUGUGAAGGACCUGUUGUCAUACUGUCUGCUUGCUUUUUGAUCGUCAUCACGCUCUUGAUGGUGCGAUGGCUCAAUUACGAUUACUUCGGCCUUCUCACUGCUGCCAAGUACAGUGCCCAGAAAACGCGUCCAACCUUCCAGAAAAGUAUGGCUGUUGGCUUGACUACGGGUUUGCAGAGUGGAAUCUUCAUCGGCAUGCAGUGUUUGAUGCUGAUCUGCACACGCUCUCUGAAUUUGGUAGAGAUCGAUCCCUUCAAGGAAAGCACUGGUUGGACGUGCCCAUAUCCUGACGACCACAUCUCUGUCAUAACGGGCCGCAUUUUCCUUGGCGUCAUGGCCUUGAUUACCUUGAUCAUUUCCUUCCUGUGCGCCAAUGGGCACUUCAUGGGGCAAGAGUACAUUCUGAGAGACUUCAGCAAGCAGAUCGAUAUGAAACUGACAAAACUGGAUCCUGACGCCCAGGCCAGUGGUGGUGGCGGCAUCCUUCGCACAUCGCAUUUCUUCAGCAUGCUGCCCACAACUUUCGGCAUCUGGAUUGAUGGCUGGAAUGUCAAGGGCUAUCUUUUGAAGGAGCGUGCCGAGCUUUACGCUGAGGAGCUGCGAGUUCCACAGUUCUGUGAACACUGCGGAAAGCCUCACGUUCCGUACCUCGAGCUGAUGAAGGCGUCAGGGAGACAGUUGAGCUUGGCAUACCAGAUCUUUCCCUUCGGUGCUGUCAUCGGAAAGGCGGUUGAGAGAUUCAACAACCCACCACUCGUCUAUUGGGGUACUGAGCUCAAGUGCUUGAGAGCGAAGCCUCACGUGGACAAAGUGAAGUCCAUGCAGGGCAGGAAGAUGACGGCCGGGCAGGCGACGAAGUAUCGAGUCCAACUGCAGAUGGCAAUGCUCAAGGAUCUGGGCCUGCCCAUCUUGAUGCGGGUCUUUUCUGUGACAAUGUAUGUGACAAUGGUAUACUUUACAGCAGUGAUGACCCAGGAAAAUGUCGUGGAGCUUGGAGUGGAGAUGUUUCAGAUCCUCACGUACGUAGCAUUCUCCAAGGCGAUGUGCGAAGUGUUUUUGCCCAUCGUGUGCGUGGCCAUUGUGGCUGCUUUGGUGGCGGCAUCUGGUGUCGCCGCAAAGAAGGCGGCGAAGGCAGCAGUCCAGCCGUACCGGCUCUCCCCAGUUGUGGGGCAGGUGCUCCAUGGCGUGUCUUCCGGCUUUGCCUUCGCCCUCUUUCUCUACCAGGAACCUGGUGUGGACUUCACGCUUGGCUUGUGCGCUUUCCUGGGAUGGUUGGUCGGUGCCUCACUGGCAGUCUUGAUUGCCCUGUCGUCCUAUGCCCUGGAGCUUUGUGCGAAUUGCGAGCUCUCUGGGGGCAUCAUCAAGGUUUGCUUUGCAGCGAUGUCGGCGGUAGGACUUGCCAGGGUUUUUACCUGGAGACUGGCUGAGACGAAUUUCUACCUUGCAAUGUCCAUGCUGGCUCUGGUUCUGGUGCCGGGCACCAACCUUGCCUUCAGGAAGACUCCUCCGGAAGCAGACGGUGCCGAGUCUGAAAGUAGCAUCUGGCCCUUGGUUUCCACCGCACGUGUCAUGUCCGGUCCCUUCGGCGUUAUCGCUGGGGUCUUCGGUGCAAUGGUUGCAUACGAGCCCAUGGCGACCCAAUUCGGAGCGGAUAUCGGCUUGCUCGUGUCAGUGGGAUUCGGCUACCUCCUAGGUUUGGCUUACGGUUUGGCCACGGACAAGAUGCUGGAGAAGCCAGCAGGUAAAUGGAGUGUGGCAGCAGGGACGACUGCUGCGCUAGGGACCAGCCUUCUGAUCCACUGGGCCAUUGGGGUCAUUGUGGGCUCCAUAGUGGGCAGCCUCACGGGGGCGCUGAUUGAGCGGCGGGUGAUGAAGGAGAUGGAUGCACAGUGCCUGGAGCCACCGCGCUUCACGAAGAAUGUCAUGCAAUCCAGCCCGACUUUGGGUCCGGUCUCCAACGUGGUUGCAGCCAUGCGUGACAAGUCAGAGCGAGAGGCAGAAAUACACACCAACCUGCCCACAUUGUACAAGGCAAGUGCACCCGGCAACCAGCUUGCACGAGCCGACUCAGGAUAUGGAAGCGCAUAUGAUGACUUUGAGAAGGAGCGGACCCGGUUGCCAUUUCAGUCGCAACCCACGCUGACUGCCGCCACCUCCCCUGACUUGGCCUUGCAAGAUGGAUCCGGAUCGCCUGGGUCUCCAUCCGCUUCGAGGCAGCUGGACCUUGCCGUGGUGGGAGGUGUUCAAGAUGAAAUGGAGCCAAGGAGGCCGGAAGACUCCAAUGACGAAGCGAUGGAGAGGCGAACGUCGGAGCCAAGACCGCUCGACGAUGCAGACAACGCUGCGGUAUUUGGCACGACCUGUGCUCAGUCUGUCAGCAAAGUCACUAGCUCCGGGGAAUGCGAUGCAGAGGAAACAAGAGUCUCCACUGAGCAGGUUUGCUGUCACAGGGAAUUCCAAAACUCAUUUUGUUUUGGUUUGUUUCGGUGGUGA